CAUAUAUACGUAUAUAUUAUCGCUGUGAAAUGAGUUAUUUAUUUACUACUUGAAAUCAACUUUUUGCAAGCUUAAUCAUCGACCGAAAGACAAAAAUCUUUAUUGUUUUAUCAUCACCGUCCUAAUAUAUUUGAAUUUGAUAGAUAACAAGCUAUGUCCAAUGAGGAGCGCCUUCGAAAGCUAUUAUCUGAUUUAGGAAAAGCAACUUUACGUGGUGUAAGAAAAUGUCCUAAAUGUGGAACGUAUAAUGGAUCUCGUGGAUUGUGUUGUAAAAAUAAGUAUUGUGAUGCAGUGUUUAAAGAACCAGGAGAAAAGAGAAAAUUAUCAACCGAGGCAUGUAAAUUAAUAACUGGUUCAACUGCACAAGUUUUUUCUGUUCGAGUUAGAGAUAAAGGUCCUGAUUAUCGAGGUUUUGUACAGUUGCCUUUAAUAAAUGCAACUAUUUCUAAUGAAAUUAUAACAUUAAUUUCACAAACAACUGCUCUAUGUUUUGUCGAUACUUGUGAGAGGAGUUUUGAUACCAGUGUUCUUAAAUGUCACGAAAAAGAUGCAUCAGAUUUAUCUGUAUCGACGUGCCAACAUAUCCAAGCUGCAUUAAGAUGUUAUGCAGAAGCUCAGCCAUUGACGUUAAGAAAUUCUAUUUUAUCAUCUUUAAACGUAAACAAUGAAAUGAAACAAGAGAUUUGGUUAUUAGCUACAGAAACGUCAGGUCCAUUGGUACAAAGAGUAUCUAAAAAUAUAAUGGCUGUAAAAUGUAAAGCUUCGCCAAAGCAUCCAUUAGGAUAUCUUCAUUUUUCUUUCUUCGUAACUAAAUUGAAAGAUAGAGUAGAACAUCGGUGUUUUUGCAGUUGUACUGCGUUUAAGGGUACAGCCAAAUCAAUUGGAGAUAAAGUAGAAACAAAUUUGUCGCAAGCAAAGCGUUGCGUACACUUUUACGCAUGUAUAUGUGCCUUUGCUAGUGAUCCUAAAUUGUCGGAAGAAUUUAGUUAUUAUAUAACCUUAGAUCAAAAUGAUCUAAGUGUACCAAAGCCACCGAUAUCAAUUUUACAAAAUAAUGAACAAGAUAAAAUAGUUGGAAUAGAUCUAGAUCCUUUAAACACAGAUGAUGCUGAAACGCAUCUGUUGAUAUUUCGUGAUGACACUUUAACUGUGCAAUGUUUAGAUGGAAAUAGACUUGAUUUAGAUUCAAUGAACUUGGAUUCAUCGAUUUUACCUAAUAACAUUGUUGAAAAUAUCGAAGUGGAAUGUGAUCGUAGUUUGUUAGAAGAUAAUAAUAUUAUUUCUCAGGUUCAUAAUUUGGAAGUUAUUGACCAAAAUAGUGUACAAUUUAAUGGAAACACAAUGAAAAUCUUAAAUGAACAAACUGAAAUUGAUACAAAGUACAAUAUAUUAAAUAGUCAAUAUAUCUUAAACGAUAAUAAUAUUAAAAUAUUAAAUACUGGAAAUUUAAAAGUCAUUGAUACAAAUACAGUAUUAGAUGUAAACAAUAUCAAAUUAAUAGAUACUAAUGCAGUGUAUAAUGGUAAUGAGCUUAAGAUGAUAGAAAAAAAUGCAUUAAUUCAAUACGAUAAUGGAAAUAUGUUUAAUCCUGAAAGCGGGACUGUACAACCUACUGUUUCGAUAAAGCGAAAAAGAGAUGAUAAAAACGUGAAUAAAUUAAGUGCUACUGGUCUAAAUAAUUUAAGUUCUAUUGAACCGAGAAAAUCAAAAUCAAAACCAACUAUUAUAAAGAAAUAUCAAAAUUCAUGCGAAGACUUGGAUGAAGCUAACACAAAUCUACCUUUCAUUAAAUGGUUAGCAUCAAUUACAGAGAGAAUUAAUCAAACAAUGCAUUUUCAGUUUGAUGGUAAACCUGAUCCUUUGGUAUUUCAUGUACCACAAAUAUUUUUUGAUUGUUUACGAGAGCGAAUAUCUUGUGGUGGCAAAAAGAAACGUUUACCUAAUUCGACGACAGCCUUUGUUAGAAAAGACGGAGUACCAUUGGGUACCUUUACAAAAUAUACAUGGCAAAUUACAAAUAUAUUGCAUGUAAAGAGUAUUUUUGAAACACCUCUUAUACCUUUAGAAAUCACAAGAAGUUUUAUACAAAAUGCAGAUGGAACGUAUGAAUUAUAUAAACGAAAAGAAACAGAUAUCGAUCGGUAUAAGAAAACAAAUAAUAAUGCAUUGAUCAAACCGCUAGAAUUGAAAACUUAUUUAAAAGUUGGUAAUACUUCUCCUAAUCAAGUAGAGCCAACACCAUUCUUAAUAGAAUGGAUACCGGAUAUUUUACCAAUAUCCAAAAUUGGCGAAUUAAGAAUUCGAUUUGAAUUCGGACACGUUAAAAAUGAGACUAGCCAAAGAUGGAGAAAGAUAGCGUUAUCGAAAAAUUAUUGAAUUAAAAGUUUAUAAUAUCAUAUCAGUAUAAGUUAAGUAUUUAUUUUCAAGUAUUGUAUUGUUAUUUCUUUGUUAUAUCGCAAAGUUUUAAAUGUUUUAUAAGAGAAACACGUAAGAAUGUUUUACAUUGCAUACCGAUGUAUAUAUUUAAAUCUACAAUUUAUUUUAUGCAAAAUAAUUUUGCAUUAUAUUAUAAAUUAAAUUAAAUGUACUUUAACCCUUUCAGUACAUAAAUUUUAAUAACGAAUAUAUGAAAAAUGUUGUAAUUAACUUUGUAUAUUUCUAUGAUGCGUGUAAAUACAUUAUGUAUGUAUUCGUGUGAAUAUAUUGAUUUAAAUUGAAUCAUAAUAUUAUGUAACAAUUUUAAUGUAACUGAUGUAGUACUUGAAGGGUUAAACAAUGAAAAAUUAUAUAUAUAUAUAUAUGCUUUGAAAAAAUUUAAAUACGCUAGAAGAUUUAUUAGAUAACGUACUAAAACAUAUAUAAGUAUUGGCGUUUUUGUUUGUAACUCUAAUACAUUAGAGUUAAAAUUUUUAAAUGUAAAGACUGACCUCUGUUUUUUUAAAAAGAUGGGUACAAAUCGUGUUUUUAAUGAACAAUGUGUGUUUGCCAACUGCGAAUUACAUUUUAUAGAAUCGUUUAGAGCUUACGGCGUUUAACAGUCAUUUUAUUUGAAAGAGCAAAAUACAUAUUGAAAACUUUUUUAUUUAUUUACUAGACGGGUACCACCGAGAUGAAUUAAUGUAAAGACAAAAAAAAAGAAAAGACAAAAAGUAAUGAAAAAAAAAGAUUCGAUUUGUUUUUAAUAUAAAACGAGACGAAUGUAUCAUACAACACGUGUCAAUGUAAAAUAUUGUAUAUACGUAUUGUGGCAUAUUUUAAAAAUCGGAAAUGCUAAAUUAA